AUAUUGCAGGUUGCAGUGGCUGCCCAGUUGGUCCGUUCACUCUGUUGCCUGGGGAGAAAGAAGUGUCGCAGAUCAUGGCUCCUUGGCCUGAGGUAGACAAGCCUGAAACCAAUAAUUAUAUUGGUGAUUCCUCCAAACAAAACCAGAACAUGCCUGGAAAAGAAGGAGAAAAUCAUAAAGGCAAUGUGGCUUCACUUGGAAACAAAGUGGAAAUUCAACCUGCAUUUUCCACAAUAGCAUUGAUAGAUGAGACAAGGCAAGAAGAAGACCCAUGGGCUUUGCCAGAACUGCAGGACACUGGAGUCAAGUGGUCAGAACUGGAUAGAAAGGGAAAAAUCAUUCGUGUACUCUACGGGAUAGGAAAGUUUAUUAUGCUGCUUUGUUUACUCUACUUGUUCGUGUGUUCUCUGGAUGUACUGAGCUCGGCUUUUCAACUAGUAGGAGGUAAAGCAGCAGGGGACAUUUUUAAAGAUGACUCAGUGCUCUCUAAUCCUGUUGCGGGGCUGGUGAUAGGAGUUCUGGUGACUGUGAUGGUCCAGAGCUCCAGCACUUCUUCAUCCAUCAUUGUCAGCAUGGUGUCCUCUACACUGCUGACUGUACAAUCAGCUAUCCCUAUCAUUAUGGGGGCAAACAUUGGCACCUCAGUUACAAACACAAUUGUGGCGCUCAUGCAAGCCGGGGACAGGAAUGAAUUUAGAAGGGCCUUUGCUGGGGCAACAAUUCAUGAUUUCUUUAACUGGCUUGCUGUGUUUGCAUUGUUGCCCAUUGAAGUCAUUACUGGCUAUCUUUACCAUCUCACCAACGUUAUAGUUGAGUCCUUUCAUCUUGAAAGUGGUGAAGAUGCCCCUGAGCUACUAAAAGUCAUCACAGACCCUUUUACAAAGCUCAUCAUUGAGCUUGAUAAAUCUGUAAUAAAUGCAAUCGCUACCAAUGAUGAAUCAGCAAAAAACAAAAGCCUGGUAAAGAUUUGGUGCGUAACUGAAACCAAUGUGACACUGCAGAAUGUAACACUUCCACCUUCGGAGAACUGCACCUCUCCUGAAUUUUGCUGGUCAGAAGGAAACAUGACGUGGACCUUGAAAAACAUAUCUGAAACAGAAUAUAUCACUAAAUGCCGGCAUCUCUUUACAGAAACAGACUUGCCCGAUCUUGCCAUUGGUCUCAUCCUUCUGGCUUUGUCCCUGCUUGUUCUGUGCUCCUGUUUGGUGAUGAUCGUUAAGCUGUUAAACUCUGUGCUUAAAGGACAAGUAGCGAGUGUUAUCAAGAAGACAAUCAACACUGAUUUCCCAUUUCCUUUUACUUGGCUGGCUGGAUACCUGGCUAUGCUUGCAGGAGCUGGCAUGACCUUUGUUGUUCAAAGUAGUUCUGUCUUCACAUCUGCUAUUACGCCUCUUGUUGGCAUCGGCGUUAUAAGCAUUGAGCGUUCUUACCCCCUCACCCUAGGAGCUAACAUUGGCACAACCACAACAGCUAUACUUGCAGCUUUAGCAAGCCCAGGGAGUACAUUAAAAUAUUCAUUACAGAUUGCCUUGUGCCACUUUUUCUUCAAUGUCUCUGGGAUUAUCCUGUUUUACCCACUGCCUUUUACCCGGCUGCCAAUCCGCAUGAGCAAGACCUUGGGAAACAUAACAGCCAAGUACAGAUGGUUUGCUAUAUUUUAUCUUCUCAUCUGCUUCUUUCUUUUGCCUUUGUUUGUAUUUGGUCUGUCACUGGCGGGCUGGCCAGUCCUUUUGGGUGUUUGCCUUCCCCUGUUGGCUCUGUUUAUUGCUGUGAUUGUAAUUAAUAUUAUGCAGACAAGGCGGCCACAUUCACUGCCUGAGAAGCUUCAAAACUGGGAUUUCCUACCCGUCUGGAUGCACUCCCUAGAGCCCUGGGACAAUAUGAUUAUGUCUUCACUCGCCUUCUGUGGGAAGCAUUGCUGCGGAUUCUGCAAGUGCUGCAAAGUCAAUACAGAGCAGGAGGGUGCCAAAGAUAAUCAGCUAAAAACUAUGGAGGUUUAUGAAAACACCAUUGCAAUGGCUGAUGAAGAAAGAGGUGUAAGAAGGGCUCCAGCUGCAGCUUGUGUUGAAAAAACAGGCACAAACAACACAGCCUUAUAGUAGUGGAUCAACCCAUAAUAGCACAGGUAAAGCAUAGGACAGUCAGGCUCUUGAAAACUACCUUGAACAAUGCACUGAGAACAGAGUGAAUGUUUUGUUAGGUUCCUGCAGCCAGUGAUAUAUCACUCAUCAAGGAAUGGAGUCAAACAAGCUUGACAGAGUCCCUAGAAAACCUAUGAUCAGUUGAAAAGCUAAAGACAGAUUUGCUUACAGAGCAUCUACUGUGUGGUACAUUCAUCCAAUGCUAUCAGUAGCAACCAAAGGAAAUUUUGAUGUAGUCCUAUGAAGAGAGGGAUGAAAGGAGUGUGAUUAAUUAGAAACCAGUCAACCCAACAAUGCACUUGUAGAACAGCCUUUCUGGCCUAUUGGCUUAUUCCGUAGAAGUUACUUUAUGAUACCCUAAAGGUUCUGUAAAAAAAAAAAAAAAAAAAAAAAAAAAAAAAAAGAAAACCAAAAGAAUCCAAAUGCUUUCAUUGGCCUAUGUUCAGUGGUCAGAAUAGAAAGCAAUAUUCCAAGUAUGGACAAAAUCUGUUGUCUGUGUGGAGGAAAAUGAAAUGCUGGAACAUACCUCAGGAGCUCUGGGAGUCCUAGUCUGGCAUAAGGGUGUGCAUAAGCCCAUUUAGAGCCCUUUCUGUCUCCUUUAACAACAAGGGCAGGAGCUGCUGUCUUUUCUUUUCUUGAGCUAAAGGCCAAAAAUGAAUUGCUGAUCGCUUUGCCUGCUGAAGGUUAAACACUGGGUUUAGAGACACCAGGUGGCUAUGAAAGACCUUUGUGGACUUGGGGUGUGGUUGCAUGGCUGGUUGUCUCUCUGGAUAGUCCUCCCUCAUCCUGUCCACUGAGUAAUCCCAUAAGCACUUGUCCUGGCACAAUUAGAGGACAGGCGCAGGAGGGAGAACAAGUGACUGGCACAGGUGUGUAGAGAGCUGCCCAACUCCAGGCUGACACCACGAGAUCUCUCUGCAAUUGGGACUGAGCCACAAGAUGGCAUUUAAAUAUAGCAGUAGAGACUGGCAUUAGAGAGAACAGACUAUGGUUAGCGCAGGACAUGCAGCUGCAUUGGCAGGUGAGAAAGGAGUGUUCACUCUGCCACUGUCACCACGUGCUCUGAACCACCUUCCUUGGAAAUAAUGUGAAUUUUACUGGCAAUUGUAUGUAGCAAUCCAAAUUCCAAAUAACAUCCUUAGGUAGUAUAGUCAAUAGCACACGUGGUCAGUCCAGAGGUAGUAAAGCACCUGGUGUGAAACUGAUUGUGCUCAGGUCUUACAUUACUGAUGAUUUAGUAAACGCUUAUGAGACAGCACUGAAUCAUGGACUGACAAAAGGUAUCAUUUCAAUGUCGGAAAAAGAGUAUUUCAAAGACACAUUGAGUGCUUCUGCUGGCCUUUAAUAACUCAGACAUAAGUGAGCAUGGGAUAGUACCUGAGGUCCUACCACUAAUGGAAAAAAGAUCAUGUGGCAGAGUGUAGGCCAAU